UCGGAAAGAGCGAUAACCUCGACAAACGACAUGUUCUGCUAUGUAACGGUGGCAGUAUUGUCGGCGUCCUUGGCAGUGAUUUUCUUUCCUCGCUUAUCUUCUUUGUAUUCAAGAAGUAAAUCAACACAGGUGCCAAGGACCCGAGUCUUGAGCAGCCACGAAUUGUCGAUGUACGACGGUGAAGAAGGCAGCAAGGGCAUUUAUCUGGCAAUAUUAGGACAGGUGUUUGACGUACACAAUGGCCUCAAGCAUUAUGGGCCUGGUGGGGCUUAUCACUUUAUGGCAGGAAAAGAUGCAUCACUGGCCUUCAUCACAGGAGAUUUUACAGAAAGCGGCUUGACAGAUGAUGUGUCCGGUUUGUCCCCAUUGCAGGUGGUAGCCCUGUUUGACUGGCUACUCUUUUAUCAGAGGACCUAUCAAACUGUAGGUUUGGUCAUAGGACGGUUCUAUUCUGAAAGUGGGAAACCCACAGAGUUUCUAUUGCAAGUUGAGUCACUGCUUGUGAAGGGUCACGAACUCAAAGCAAAGACAGAGGCAGAGACGCUUCACUUUCCAGCCUGCAACUCUGAGUGGAGCUCUGCAAGGGGAGGCAGGGUUUGGUGCUCCACCAAGAGCGGUGGAGUUGAAAGAAGCUGGACUGGGUUCCCCCGAAAAUUAUUCUCUCUAGGUAUUAGUGGGUCCCGUUGUGUCUGUGUGGAUGAUCCAUCUACAGCAGAAAACCCCAACCUACGAGAAUAUGAUGGCUGCCCGACGCAAGCGGUAACUUGCUCUUUAGAAUAAUAAUAUAUAUAAUUUUUUUUUUCUUUUCAAGACAAUUUCAUGGACACUGCAAGAUAACUGAGAAACCUAGUGCAGUGAUGGCAAACCUGCAGCUCUCAAGCCACAUGCUGCUCUUAUGAAGGGAUGAAAGCAUAUCAAAGUUUUUUAAUGUGUGCGCAUGCUUUGCUUGAUUUCAUUAUGGUGUUUGUGUUCCUGCUUUCCUUGAGUUUAUUACAGUAUUCUCGCAAACAUGCAUGCGUAUAGAAUGAAAAUAGUUUGAAGUUCCCAAUCAGCUCAAGAUCUUUUGAGAAAGUCAAAUUUGCUCUCACAAUGGCAGGGAAAAUGCAGUUAAACAAAAAUGUGAAUGAACGCAGGAUGUUUUUACCAGAGUGCGAGAGCUUUUUUUCUUUUUUUUGUUGAGUGAGAAUGGGCAAGAAUUUCAGUCUCUCGAUGUGCAGAACUGACACACCCCAAGCGACUUGCAGCUGUAAUUGCAGCAAAAGGUGGCACUACAAAGUACGAAUGGAAGGAGGGUGAAUGAUAUUGCACACCCCACUUUUUAGGUUUUUGUUAAAAAAAGUAUAAAAUACACAAAUUUCAUUUGACUUCA